CAAAGUUCCAAUGGUCCGGUAAAGAAGUCCAUGCGUGAGAAGGCUGUGGAGAGGAGGAACGUUAGUAAAGAGCACAACAGUAAUUUUAAAGCCGGGUAUAUUCCGAUUGAUGAAGAUCGUCUCCAUAAAACAGGAUUGAGAGGGAGGAAGGGCAACUUGGCCAUCUGCGUGAUCAUCCUGCUGUUUAUCCUGGCAGUCAUCAACUUCAUCAUAACGCUUGUUAUCUGGGCUGUGAUCCGCAUUGGCCCCAAUGGCUGCGACAGCAUGGAGUUCCAUGACAGUGGUCUGCUCCGAUUUAAGCAAGUGUCGGACAUGGGCGUUAUCCACCCACUGUAUAAGAGCACCGUCGGAGGAAGGCGAAACGAAAACUUGGUUAUAACUGGGAACAACCAGCCUAUUGUUUUUCAGCAAGGGACCACGAAGCUCAGCGUGGAGAAGAACAAAACUUCGAUUACAAGCGACAUUGGUAUGCAGUUUUUCGACCCCCGGACUCAAAAUAUCUUAUUCAGCACAGACUAUGAAACGCACGAGUUUCAUUUGCCAAGCGGAGUGAAAAGUCUGAAUGUUCAAAAAGCAUCUACUGAAAGGAUUACCAGCAACGCUUCCAGUGAUCUGAAUAUAAAGGUCGAGGGCCGUGCCAUUGUGCGUGGGAACGAAGGAGUAUUCAUUAUGGGCAAGACCAUUGAGUUCCGUAUGGGCGGCAACGUGGAGCUGAAGGCUGAACACAGCAUCAUCCUCAACGGGACGGUGACGGUGAGCCCCACGCGCCUGCCGCGCUCCUCCGCAGACCAGCCGGCCGGCGGCGACUGGGUGCGCUACAAGCUCUGCAUGUGGCUCUUCAAAGUGCAGGUCACCAGCCAGAACAUGGGCUGCCAGGUCUCGGACCACCCCUGCGGGAACACUCGUUAGAAGACCCCCAGAGGUCAUCGCCUUGUUCAUAGCUCGACUUUUUUUUGUUUUUAACAGUAUGCAUGCAGAUCUUUAUUUUUACAGUUUGUGAUAACUCACUGCCGUAUCUGUUACAUAACCGCCAUAUUCAGAAUGCUCUCUGGGGGCCCGCAGGGGGCGGAGGUUACCACGGUUCGAGUCCGAGACCCAGUGGCUUGAAAUUCACACCAGGCACGUGUAUGCCUGAAAUCCCGAGGGGAGAAUGGAAGAGAGAGGAUUGUGAU